AUGAUCCUCAGGGCCAUUCUCGUCGUGCUCCGUGCCGGACUCCUUGCUGCCCAGGCCACCGUGACCGAUAUGUUCAUUGGAAUGGACGAAGCGCAGACUGAAGGCCUCGUUGCGUCUAUCAUGGGCGGAAAUGCAGACGAAACCACCUACAGCAUCACUUGCCUGCCCCCCGAAGCCACCUCGCCGAAGAUGUCCAGUUGCCGCUUUGACGCGGGCCUGACGGUUAUCGCUCAGCCAUCGACCACUCAGAUCGUCACUUCCAUGACAGAUACCGCUGACUAUGAAGAGUACGUCCCUGUCUUCAUUCCCCUUACCACCUCCAACCUCAAAAGAAAAAGCGUCAUCCUCAGCUCCCAAUUAAAACCCGGUGGUACUCUACACAACAGCACGCUCGGAACCCUGCUAUGCGCCUUCGACAACAUGCCCCGGGCGACCUGCACCGUCAUAAACAGGGUGCAAAUCAACCUGCCAGCCUCGGAGCUGUCCGCGGCAAACUCGAGGUCUAUCGAUAUCGGGCCCGCCGAGCAAGCCAUGCAGUACACCUUCGUCACGCAGGACGUUCCGCGCGUCCCCGUCACCAUCACCGCUGACCCGCUGACGCCGACAGCCAUUGCCACCACCGACGAGGUCUUCACGCUGUUCAGCUCGUCGGGUCCGACGGCCACCGUGACGGUCUCCCACGCGGCUGGGACUUCGGGAUUGAGCGCCAAGAACCGUCCUUCGGUGGGUGUGACCAGUGGUACUUCGAGUGUUACGCUUACGAGCACGGCGAACGGGACGGAGCAUGCCUCGUCGACGAACUCGGUGACCUCGUCGAAGAGCCAGGGCGCGGGGCCUUUGAUUGCUGGGGAGGCUAGGGUGGUUGCCGGGGUGGCUGCUGUGGCGCUUGCUGCUGCUGUUGUUCUGUGAUGUUUGUAAGGGAUUGUUGUGAAGCAUGGGGUAUUUGCUCGGAGCAUGUGUUUACAAACGGUUGUUAAUGUUAGGGAGACUGCAAUGUAACUGGAG